AUGAAACUUGACUGUGUGAUGGAAUGUGCCUUUAAAACUGGAGAUCUUGUGAAAGCAAAUUAUACUUUUAAAAAGGAUAAAAAUGAGGAUUUGCCUUUUCGUAAAGAUGAUACACUUCAGAUAAUUAAUAUUGGAAAGGAUCCUAAUUGGGCACAUGCGAAGAAUACUUCGGGAGAAACUGGACUUAUUCCUUUAAAUUAUGUACAACGUAAAACUGACUCUUUGGAUAACAUUCAGAAUCAUUGUUGGUAUCAUGGAAGAAUUUCCCGUGCAGAAUCAGAAAGUUUACUAUGUGGCAGUCCCGUUGGAAGCUUCCUAAUUCGUGAAUCGGAUUUAUAUACUGGAGAUCUAACUCUUUGUGUAGUUGGACCUCCAUGUAUAGCUGAAAGCUCUGAUGUCAAUGAACAUGAGAAUUGUACGGCAUUGUCCACAGAUGUUUCAACCAAUGUACAACACUAUAGAAUCCUACGUAGACCUUACAAAUCUGUUCAUCCCAAGCAACAUUUUGAGUAUUCGACAACAACGUCUUCAAUUUGUAGCAAGAUUCAUUACACAUUGGAUGAAACUGAUUGGUUUUCAAGUCUUCUAGAACUUGUUCAGUUUUAUUCUCAACCUAAGCGUGGAUUAGUUUGUGCACUCCAUCAUCCAGUUCCUGAUAUGCAGAGGAAACGACUCAGUAAAUUACAGAAAUCUGGUUAUCUCAUCUUUCGCAAGGAUAUUGUGUUGGGUGAUCGAAUUGGUCGGGGAGAAUUCGGGGAAGUUCUUAAAGCUAAUUAUAAUGGUCGACAAGUGGCGGUGAAAAUCUAUAAAAAGACUGCUUCCAAACUAGCCAUAACUUAUGAAGCAUCACUUAUGACGAAAAUAAAUCAUCCUAAUUUGAUUUCAUUCAUUGGUUUGGUGUAUGAACCAGAUGAUGCUGUUUAUCUAGUCACAGAAUAUUUAGCCAAUGGAAGCUUGUUAACCUACCUACACUCUCGUACACGUGAUGAAAUAACAGAUAUGACAAAAUUGAAAUUUAGCAUUGAUGUUUGUCGUGGGCUGGUUUAUCUUGAAGAACGUGAUUUCAUUCAUCGUGAUAUUGCUGCUCGGAAUAUUCUGUUAUCUGGACAAGCGCCAAAUUUAAUUGCUAAAGUAGCUGACUUCGGUAUGGCUAGGGAUCUGCACGAUUUAUCAACUAUCGGUGCUAUAUCACAUCAACCAAAAUCAGCUAAUACACCGACACUGAUUAUCAGGAAUUCACCACAUGCAGCAGGAGAUUCAGUGGAGAAAUAUCCCACUACCACCACUGUACAACAUCACCACCCUCAGGAUAACAGUCAUCGUCAGCAACACCAGCCUUUUGAGACAAAUACAUCACCACCACCGACAUCGUUAAAUGCAAUGGCACUACAUGAUAAUGCAGCGAUUCCUUUGAAAUGGACAGCUCCGGAAGCUAUACGGGAUAGAUUGUUUACAACAAAAUCAGAUGUUUGGAGUUUCGGUAUCCUUUUAUGGGAGAUCUAUUCUUAUGGGCGUAUACCAUAUCCACGAAUGAUGGCUAAUCAAGUAUUGCGUCAUAUUGAAUCCGGAUACAGAAUGAAAUCACCUGAAAACUGUCCAUCAACAAUAUACUCACUUAUGUUACGUACAUGGCAGAGUGAACCAAAUCACAGACCAAGUUUUGUAGACAUAUUAAGUGAACUUAUUAAAUUGUAUACAACGACAGCAACGGCAACAACCAAUAGUCCUACUACUUCUAGUCAUGUCGGUAUUGUUAUGACACUUACAUCGUCAUCACCGUCUCAUCAUUGUUCUAUUCCAUUUACUGGUGACCGUAUUAUUGAUGAUGGUUGUUCCGUCUCAGAUUCAAGAGGGAUAUCUAAAGAUUUUGAUAAUAGUAAUAAUGACAAGAAGACAUUACCUAACUGUAAUGCAAUUUCGUGUGUACCAUGUGAUUCUAAUGAAGGUAAUACUAAUCGCAAGGUUAGAAAACAUCUAGUGAAUAAUUCCUCCCUAAAGUCAUCAUCAACAGCAUCAUCGUGUUUUCGACAUAGGCAUGGUCGACCAAAAACACUAGCUGACUUGAUGGCUGAACCUCUGUCACAGACAUAUCAUCAUGAUCACCACAAUAAUGAAUCAAUAGAUAUGCUUACAAAAUCACCUAAUCAGACUUCUGCAACAAUGAGUCGUUCGUUCACACUAACGACAACAUCACCUAAAACUAAUUUAUGCAUAACUAACAACAACAACAGUAACAACAAAUCAGCAAAAACUCCAGAUGAGUCUAAAUUAUCCUAUAUAAUGCCGUUGGAACGCUUAAAACUAUAA